UGUAUGGAAGUGGACUAAAGCGGCCUCCUACCAUUAUAAAUAAUAUACUGUUUCUAAAAUUUUCUAGAACCCAUAUCACUUUCUUUGGUUGUGUCUUCUUCUCAAUUUCCAUUUCUUUCUCUUUUCAUAUAUAUAUAUAUAUAUAUAUACACAUAACAGUCCCUCACCAAACGACGAGAGAGAGAGAGAGAGACAGAACGAGAUCCUAAAGGGAGUUAUGGUUGUGUCCUUGUUGUGGGUAUGCAGAGAAGAAACUAGCAAUGGAAGAGAAAUCUAAAAUCACCAAGCUUCCAAACAGCGAUCUGGUUCAAUCUCUCUCGUGUCUCUCCGGUUUCUAUUGCUGGGGUUGGGAAUUCUUGACUGCCCUUUUGCUUUUUAGUUGUUGACUCCUUACCCACAAAAAAAAAAAAAGGGGAGAGGGAAAAGGGAAAUCCAAUUCCAUCCCCAAAACAACAAAGCAGGGAAAUCCAAUUCUUUUCUCUCUGUUUUUGUUUUUGUUUCAUAUAUUCACAUACACAUACGUAUAUACAUAUAGAUAAUUGGUAGUGAUGACACAAAGGAGUGUUCCGGCGCCGUUUUUGACGAAAACAUAUGAAUUGGUGGACGAUAAGGGGACGGAUGAGGUGAUAUCAUGGAAUGAAAAUGGCACAAGUUUUGUGGUUUGGAAAACUGCAGAGUUUGCUAAGGAUUUGCUGCCCAAGUACUUCAAGCACAACAAUUUCUCUAGCUUUGUUCGUCAGCUUAACACCUAUGGCUUUCGAAAGGUUGUGCCUGACAAAUGGGAAUUCGCCAACAAGAAUUUCAAGCGAGGAGAAAAAGAGCUCCUCACCGAGAUCCGUCGCAGGAAAAUUGUGACAUCAAUGCCCGGUGAUAUUCCGGAGACUGGAAAAACCUCUGGCGGCAGUGGUGGUCCAUUGUCACCAACAAAUUCCGGGAAGGACCCGGGGUCCAGCUCAACUUCGUCUCCGGACUCCAAGAACCCGGGCUCUGUGGACACACCGGUGCCUGCACAUUUCGCUGAUUUGUCUGAUGAGAACGACAAGCUGAAGAAAGAGAAUCAAAUGCUGAGCUCGGAGCUAAGUCAGACGAAGAAACAAUGCGACGAGCUCGUAGCCUUUCUGACCGGGAGCUUGAACGUGAGGCCUGAUCAGAUCAACCACAUCAUGAGGCAAGGAAGUAGCUGUGUAUCCACCCAUGAUAAGUUAGUUAGUGAGCUUGGCGCCACUAUUGAUGAUGAUGACGAAAAUGAGGGGGAGAAUGAGCAUUGUUUAAAGAUUUUUGGGGUGUUGUUGAAAGGAGUGAAGAAAAAGAGGGGCCGUGAUGAGAAUAUGAGUUUUGAUGGGGCCCAAAGGAAAGAAUUCAAGACGGUCGACUUUCGCGCGCGGUCGGUGAAGAUCUCGACGAAUGAGUGAAUGACACGUCUCAGAAAAAGAAGCUGUAUGGUAAGCAUUGACAUAGAGUAGUAGUAAAUUACUAGUAGUAGAUAAAAGAACACUUUAUGCAACCCUAAGGUUGGUUUGUGAAGCAAUUGAAAAUAAAAAUGUGUAUGUGUUUUUUAGGUCAAAAUGGUAUAUAGGUAAAUUGAGUUGGAGAUUAAAGAAAAUGGUUCUCCAAUAUCUGUUCAUCAAUAAGUUACAUUACACACAGUAAAGUUUGUGUAAACAUUGUUAAAUUUAGUUGCAUAUUCUCUAUAUUGGUCUUUUGUUAUCA